AUGUCGCCGACCCCAACUCUCCCCGGAACCGCAUCCGCCGUCGUGCAGGACAAGGCCCCUAUCAAGGUCCCGACGACCUUCAAGCACCCGCUCGAUCCGCUCACCCCUGAGGAGAUCCAAGCUGUCACUCUCGCAGUGAGACACCACAUCGCGGCAAAGACGCAGAUCAACGCUGUGCGCUUCAUCACAUGCUCUCUCUGUCCCCCGCCCAAGAGAGCCGUCCUCGCCACGCUAGGUAUCCCCCUCUUCCCCGGUGGACAGCCCGAGGCGGUGACGCCCAUCCCUCGCAAGGCCGAAGUUGACUUCAUCGACGUAGUAAAUGGACCGGCAUACAACACCGUCCUCUCGCUCGAGAACGGCAUCUGGUCCGUCGAUACCCUUGAGCCCAUCCCUAAGGGCAGCGAGCCCCAGAUCACGCCAGAGGAGCUCAUCGCCGCAGAGACCAUCGUGCGCAAGGACCCCCGCGUCCAGGAGCUCUGCAAGCAAGUCGGUAUCCGUCCAGACCAGCUUUGCGCCGACGGAUGGGCUAUUGGCUACGAUGCACGGUUUCCGGAGCACCUCAGGCUCCAGCAGGCUUUGCUCUUCGCGAGACUGGACGAGCACGAGAACCUUUACGCCCACCCUUUGGACUUCGUCCCCGUGAUCGACUCCGUCCAGGAAAAAGUCAUCCAGAUCGACUUCCCGCCGAUCUAUAAGAAGAAGCCCGACGGCUCCAUCGGGCUCUCCGUUGCGGACACGACGCCCGGCGCGCUCAGCAACGACGACCUCGCGCUCUCGGGCCGCGAGCGCAUCCCGCCCCCGCUCAAGCGCUACGACUUUUUGCCGGACCUGCGCGCGAACGACCCGGAGUGCCCGAAGCCACGCGAGGACGUUAAGCCGCUGCAUAUUGUCCAGCCGGAGGGCGUCAGCUUCAAGAUGAACGGGCACGAGCUCGAGUGGCAGAAGUGGAAGAUGCAUAUCGGUGAGAUGGCAUUCAGUCAUCGUGAGGGUGUUGCGAUCUCCACUAUCACGUACAACGACGACGGUGUCGUGCGGCCUAUUUUCUACCGUCUUUCGGUGGCGGAGAUGGUCGUCCCGUAUGCUGCCCCCGAGUUCCCGCAUCCCAGAAAGUUUGCGUUUGAUACGGGUGAGUAUGGUCAGGGUACCAUGGCCAAUGAUCUUUCUCUGGGCUGCGAUUGCCUCGGCAACAUCCAUUACUUGCCUGGUGCAUUCGUGAACCACAAUGGCUCUGCUUUUGUGAUCGACAAAGCCGUCUGCAUUCACGAGGAAGACGCAGGUCUCCUGUGGAAGCACACGGAUUACCGCCCGGGAGGUCGUGCGCAGACCGUCCGCCGCCGCCGUCUCGUUGUCAGCAUGGUCACCACGCUUGCCAACUACGAGUACAUCUGGAACUACAUGUUCUACCAAGACGGCAACGUCGAGCUCGAGAUCCGCAUGUCCGGCAUCCUGCAGGUCUACGUCGCCAGCCCAGACGAGCCGAACCCGCACGGGACGACGAUCGCGCCGAACAUCAACGCGCAGCACCACCAGCACAUCUUCUCGCUGCGUGUCGACCCGAUGCUCGACGGGCUGUACAACAGCGUCGUCGAGUCCGACAUCGUCGCGCUCCCGCAGCCGACGGGCUCCGCGGAGAACUUCUACGGGAACGCGUUCGCGGUGCGCGACACGGUGCUGCGCGCGCAGGCCGAGGGCGCGCGCGACUUUGACUGGGCGCGCGAGCGGAGGUGGCGCAUCGUGAACCCCGCGACGCGGCACUACGCGAGCGGGAGGGAGGCGGGGUACAGUGUGGCGAUGAAGAGCGGGCUCACGCCCGUGCUCGCGAAGGAGGACUCGUUCGUGCAGAGGCGCGCGACGUUUACCCAGAAGCCGGUGUGGGUCGUGCGCGACGAGGAGGGGCCCAAUGGCGGCGGCGGGCGCAUGUGGCCGAGCGGCAAGUAUGUGCCGCAGACGAAGGGGGAGCCGGUGGAUUCGGUGGCGACGUGGGUGAAGGAGGGCGGGGGCAGCAUCGAGAAGGAGGAUAUCGUCAUGUUCCUCACUGUCGGCAUGACGCAUAUUGCGCGCCCCGAGGACUGGCCUGUGAUGCCCGUCGAGCACGUCAACGUCACGUUCAGGCCCAAUAACUUCUUCAAGAUGAACCCGAGCAUGGACGUGCCUGGGGUGAAGGACACGCACAGCAAGCUUGCGUUUGGAGGUGGUUCUGAGAAUGGGACAAAUGGGACAAAUGGCAAUGGCUCGAACGGGGCUGCGUGCUGCAAUCACUGA